CAAGAACCAAGCAAGCUGGUGUCGCAAACACACAAACACCACCCAGCCAGCCAACACACAUCGCAACCCCCACCCACACCUUUGGAACCAUGGCGGAUGGAGUCGAGACUGUGGAGUGCACCGUCACUCCCGCAGCAGGGAAGAAGCUUGGGAUGAAGCUCACUGGUGCAGGGGCUCCAUACAUCAUCUCCAGCCUCAGCCAAGAUGGCGUGGCAGCUGCGAGCGGCCUCUGUGCUGAUGAUCGCGUCAUCAGGAUCAACGAUAGCGACGUGUCCUCCAGCGUACCGCUGGCGGCCGUUGUCAAACAAAUCUCUGCCCUCCAUGAGCCGUUCACGCUGACUGUGCGCCGUGGCGGACGAACGACGCCCAGCCACCGCCCCGCUGUCAAGCCCAAGCUAGCUCCAACAACAACGCAGCCAAAGCCCGCAGCCCCAGCGCCGGCGCCGAAGCCAGCGGCAAAAUCAGCACAAGCAGAGAUUAAGAGUGAGCUCAACGAGGUGGACAAGGAGGCGGCAGAGCCACACCACCCGCAGCUGUCAACACCAGAAACGCCUGCACCUGCGUCGGAGGCCAGAAGCGAAGCGCUAGAUCAGCCGGAGCCGACGGAAACAAAGCCAGCUGAGCAGCCAGAGCCGAAUGCCACUCCACAACAGGAAGCACCGCCACAGCAAAUGAAAGAAGACGCACCAACUUCAGCAGAGGAAGAGGCGCAUGAAGAGCACAACGAUGGCGGUGAUGACGCCGUUACCGCAGCCGCGCGCGAAGUGCAAGGUGCCACACUCGACAGCACGCCAACAGAGGAAGAAGUGGACGGUGCGCCCAAGGCGGCCUCAUCUUCAGAAGCACCCGCACCUUCACAACCGCUUGUUGCUGUCAAAGCCAUUGGCUCAUAUUCCACCCACGGAACCCGACACGGCGACGUGAACCAGGACGUGCCAUUCUCCUUCAAAGGCAUGCUGAACGGCGAGCCCAUAACCGUGACUGCCGUCUUCGAUGGCCACGGCCUGCUUGGCGAGGUGGCCGCAGAGACCGCAAGGAAGGAGCUGGAUGACAUGUGUGCAAGCGGUUCCCUGAACGUCGCGCUGUUGCAGUCGGACCCAGCCACGUUUAUGGUCGACCUCUUUGAGCAGCUCAACCUGGCUGUCCUGGACGCACACGACAAUCCGCCCAGCACGUAUGUGUACGUGAGCGGCAGCACGCCCCUCUCCUUCGAGCUGAAGCAGGACGCAUCCCCCGACCUCGGCGCCAUGUACGUGUGUCCCGAGCACGACUACAUGCCGCCACGGCCCAUCGACUUUGGCUGCACCGCUGUUGUUGCCGUGAUCCACCGCGACCGCCUCACUAUCGGCAACGCCGGCGACGCAGACGCCAUUGUCAUGCGGCAGAACUGCGACGCUGACCCCAGCAGCAGGGACGGCUACCUGGCCGUGUCCCACGCCUCCAAGCACACGGCGUCAUCGCAGUUGGAGAUUGACCGCGUCGACCGUGACUUCCCCGGCGCCGCCAUCUUCACGCCGGACGGAUACAUUGCACCAACCGACCCCGUCCUGUGCCAAUAUGAGCUGCAACUCACGCGCUCCCUCGGCCACAAGCUGCUGCGCGUUGCGGGCAUCAUCGCCACGCCAGACGUGCACGUCGAGGACCUUGACCCGGCCACCACAUAUGGUGUCGUGGUCUGCUCGGACGGCGUGACAGACGAGCUGCAGCCCUUUGACAUGCUUGACCGCGUCACCAACAGCGCGGGCGAUGCCGCAGACGCCGCAGAGACGCUGUGCAAGGACGCGCAGGAGUACUGCAUGGAUCCGGACAAGAUUGAUGACACCACCGCCGUCGUCGUCUUGCUUGCAAGCAGCGAGUCGUCCGCGUAAUUUGUCACAUCGCACGUAAUGAAUGGCAUGGAUUGGAGAGAGAUAGAGAGAGAGAGAGAUAGAGCGUGUGUGUGUGUGUGUGUGUGAUACUGCACUUUGUGUCUUGCACUUCUCUGUUCGUCUGUCUGUCUGUGGUUGAAGGACACCGUGCUCUCGCUCGUUUUGCUCUUGUGACCGUUGGCGUGGGGCAUGCUGUUGUAUGUAGAAGUACAUGGGGUUGUACUGCGCUGAUGUGAUUUCCUGUCGAUUCGCACCCCUGAUAAACACUGAAGAUGUCA